AUGGGUAUCUCAGAAGUACUUAACAAACUUCGAGAUCGCGCAGAUAAAUUUCUAAAUGAGAAAAACAUGGUGACAGAUUUCCUUGGAAAACUGGAGGAGAAAACGGGAAUCAAGAAAAAAAUGAUUGCCCUAGGUGCAGUGUCUCUGACGGGACUGUAUUUGGUAUACGGCUAUGGCGCCUCCCUCCUCUGUAACAUGAUUGGAUUUGUGUAUCCUGCAUAUUACUCAAUCAAAGCCAUCGAGAGCACAAACAAAGAAGAUGACACAAAAUGGCUGACCUAUUGGGUGGUCUACGGAAUCUUCAGUUUGGCAGAAUUCUUCUCUGACAUCUUCCUCUACUGGUUUCCUUUCUACUAUGCUUUCAAGUGCCUGUUCUUGUUGUGGUGCAUGGCCCCCGUCACAUGGAACGGCUCUCAGAUUCUGUACAACCGGGUGGUGCGGCCCUUCUUCCUCAAGCACGAGGCCACCGUGGACAGCAUGGUCAAUGACCUCAGCGGGAAGGCCAUAAACGCAGCCGAGUCUGUCACCAGAGAAGUCCUUCAAUCACUGGUGAAAAACAAGACUUUAGUACCACACGCAUCAGGGGCCAAAGGCUUACCCAGCGCAUCAGGGGCCAAAGGCUUACCCAGCACAUCAGAUGCAUCAGGGGCCAAAGGCUUACUCAGCACAUCAGAAUCAGCUUGCCUUCAGAAAUGA